GCCUCCGCAGCCUAUUGUCUCCGUCGCCACUACUCACUCUCCUUGCUGCGGUGGAGACGCAAAGAAGGAGAAGAAAGCGAGCGAGCGGGAACGCACGCUUUGGCUGUGUGCCGACUCCUCCCGCGCUGCUUUCGGUUAGCGAGCGCUCGUGUUGUCUCUCGCGUUGUUGCGCUUCGCCUCCUCCUCCUCCUUCUUUGGUCCCUGCGGAUCCGUUGGUGAAGAGGGAGAUGAAGUACGUGCUGGUGACGGGGGGAGUGGUGAGUGGCCUGGGGAAAGGGGUGACGGCCAGCAGUAUAGGGGUUGUACUCAAGGCAUGCGGCCUCCGCGUUACCUCCAUAAAGAUCGACCCUUAUCUAAACACUGAUGCUGGGACGAUGUCGCCUUUCGAGCAUGGGGAAGUAUUUGUCUUAGAUGAUGGUGGUGAGGUUGAUCUGGAUCUAGGAAACUACGAGAGAUUCCUCGACAUCAAGUUAACUCGUGACAAUAAUAUCACAACUGGAAAGAUCUAUCAGUCUGUCAUUGAUAAGGAAAGGAAGGGGGACUAUUUGGGAAAAACAGUUCAGGUCGUCCCACACAUCACAGAUGCCAUACAAGAGUGGAUUGAACGUGUCGCAGUGAUACCUGUGGAUGGCGAAGAAGGUCCAGCUGAUGUUUGUGUUAUUGAAUUGGGUGGAACUAUAGGCGAUAUUGAAUCAAUGCCAUUUAUCGAAGCUUUGGGUCAAUUUUCUUACCGUGUAGGUCCUGGUAAUUUCUGUCUGGUUCACGUCAGUCUUGUACCGGUUUUGAAUGUCGUUGGUGAGCAGAAAACUAAACCAACCCAACAUAGUGUACGUGGUCUAAGAGGACUUGGAUUGAUACCAAAUAUUCUUGCUUGCCGCAGUGCUAAGCCACUGGAAGAAAAUGUUAAAGAAAAGCUUUCACAGUUUUGUCACGUUCCGGUAUCAAAUAUCAUCACCCUUUAUGAUGUUACAAAUAUUUGGCACAUUCCUUUACUGUUGAAGAAGCAAAGGGCACAUGAGGCUCUAAUAAAAGUUUUGGAUCUUCAAAGAGUUGCUAAGGAACCCAUGUUGGAAGAGUGGAUGAGAAGAGCAGAAAUCUACGACACUUUGCAGGAUCCUGUUAGGAUAGCGAUGGUUGGAAAAUAUACUGGCCUUUCGGAUUCUUACCUUUCAGUAUUGAAGGCGCUUCUGCAUGCUUCUGUUGCUUGCCGUAGGAAACUGGUAGUCGACUGGAUAGCAGCCACAGACCUUGAGGAAAAUACAGAAAUAGAGACACCUGAAGUUCAUAAAAGAUCAUGGGAUCUAUUGAAGGCUGCAGAUGGUGUACUAGUCCCUGGAGGUUUCGGAGACAGAGGGGUGAAAGGAAAAAUUCUUGCUUCUAAAUAUGCCCGUGAAAACCAAGUGCCAUAUCUUGGCAUUUGUCUUGGAAUGCAGAUUGCCAUCAUCGAAUUUGCUCGCUCAGUUUUGAACUUACCGCACGCAAACAGUACAGAGUUUGACCCUGAUACAACAACCCCAUGUGUUAUUUUUAUGCCCGAGGGAUCGAAAACUCAUAUGGGAGGUACAAUGAGACUUGGAUCAAGGAGGACGUAUUUUGAUGUUUCCAGCUGCAAAGCUGCAAAAUUGUACGGCAAUGUCAGUUAUGUCGAUGAACGACAUCGACACAGAUAUGAGGUAAAUCCACAUAUGGUCCCAGAAUUUGAAAAGUCUGGUCUUGCUUUCGUCGGUAAAGACGAAACAAGAAAGCGAAUGGAGAUAAUCGAGCUGCCUAGUCAUCCAUAUUUUAUUGGUGCCCAAUUUCAUCCAGAGUUCAAAUCUAGGCCUGGAAAACCAUCUGCACUUUUCUUAGGGCUCAUAGCAGCCUCAUGUGGGCAGCUGGACACUUUACUGAGAGCUCCUAUUCACCAUAGCAACUUAGUUCCAAGACACAUCUCAACCAAUGGUUCACACAUCACAAUCUAUGGUUCUGUGCCAACAAAAUCUUUCCAGAAUGGGAAUCUGAAGAAGCACACCAAGAGCCUGGCCAAUGGAAACUUCCACUCUAACGGCAACGGCGUGCUCCCAUCACACUGAAGCCAAUCAACAUGGGUAUCGUGCUGCUUUCGUGGUUGUCCGGUUUUGGCCACAUUAGUUUUUUGUUCUUUCCUAGCUUAAAUUAGUCUCUGCGGUCGAUCAAGAAACGAAAAGGUCUGCAGCUACGAGGGAUUGGUGAUAGGAUAAGCGCGGUCUUGUUCCAAGGUUUUAACAAGGAACAGCCUUGUUCUUGCUGCAACCAGGGAGAGUUUGAAUGUUCCCUCUUCCUCUAUAGAACGAGUUAUGUUUGGUCUUUGUUGAAAGGAACCUUGGUAUCUUAAUUGUACAGUGCUAAGAACUUCUUUUCGUUCCUGAUAUAAUGCUUAAAUUUCUGCCGGACACUGUUUGGUGCA